GACAGUAUUCGAGGGGGUGACACCCAGGGCUUUGCCAAGGGCGUCAUGGACUCUUGGGGGGUUGGUAAGGCUGCUUGCAACAACGGAAUCCUGCUGGCCAUGGCAAUCGAAGACCGCCAGCUCUUCAUAGCGACCGGCCGGGGCGCGAAGGAGAACAUCCCCAACAAUGAGCUCGCGGCCAUCGUGGACCGCAUGAAGCCGCUCAUGCAGUCGGGCAAAUACGCCGGCGCUGCCGAGCAGUGCGUGUCGGACGUCGCUCGG